AUGGAAACAAACUCAAAUCCAGAAAAUAUUUCCAAUUCAUCUCUCCAAAGAGAAAAAUGGUGUGGGCACCAAUUCCUUUACAAAUUCCAUGGCUUUUGGUUCACACAAACAUAUCUUGAAACCACCAAAAGAGUUGUUGAAAACUUCAAACCUCUCCCAAAUGAUGUAAUUUUAUGCUCUUUCCCCAAAACAGGGACCACAUGGCUCAAAGCCCUUCUCCACUCCAUCACUCACAGAUCUGAUGAAAGCAACCUUUUGAUCUCCAAGCAUCCACAAGAACUAAUCCCAUCUUUGGAAACAAAUCUUUACGUUCGACAUGUUGAGAACAAUGAGAAGAGUCCUGAAUCUCUUCUUACCCUUAAUGAAGAUAGGGUUAGAAUCCUUGGAACCCAUAUACCAUACCAAAUCUUGGGUAAUGUACUGAAUUCAAGCGAGUGCAAGAUCGUUUACAUGACAAGAAAUCCAAAGGACACCCUUAUUUCUCUUUGGCAUUUCGUGCGUAAAUCUGAGAAAGUUGAGGAGGAUCCAUGGGAGUUAGAAGCUGCUGUUGAUCAGUUUUGUAAUGGGAUUGUUGUGUUUGGAUCAUACUAUGAUCAUGUCUUGGCUUACAGGGAAGAAAGUGUUGAGAGGCCUGACAAGGUGUUUUUGGUGACUUACGAGGAAAUGAAGGAAAAUCCCAAGGAAUGUGUGGAGGAGCUUGGUAAGUUCUUGGGGUGCCCAUUUGAUGAAGGAGAAAAUGGAGCGAUGGAAAUUAGUGAAAUUGUAAGGAAUUGCAGCUUUGAGAACUUGAGCAACCAGGGUGUGAACAAGUCAAGCGAGCUGCCAGACGGGUUUCCAUUGCCAUAUAGUUCAUUCUUUAGGAAAGGCAAGGUUGGAGAUUAUAAAAAUUAUCUUGAUGAUGAAAUGAUCCAGAAAAUAGAUAGUAUUACUAGGGAGAAAUUUCACAGGAGUGUUCGGUCCCGUGUACAAGAUAGCAGCACCAGCUCCAAACGGAUUGAUGAAUAUGUACUCAGUUGGGAAGAGCAUUUUCAUUUACUCAAGAAUUUAACAGCUAGCAAUUCUGGUUUGUUAGUCCGAGAGAUCUCCCCAUCGAACGUUAUGCUUGGCAGCGAGAUAGUGGGCCCCGACAGCAAUGGUGUGAAUAAGGCCCACGCAGCAUCCAGUUCGUCACUUCGGAUGAAUAAUCUCCGUUCUCCUUCAAUCGCGUCUAGAACAAGUCUUUCAUAUGCGUCCGUGUACCCUCAAAGUCUAGCAGGGUUCAAGUGGUAG